UUUCAAAAAAUAUUCAUCCUUCUCUAUUAUUCUUCUUCUUUUUCUCCCAUGUUUAUUCACUUUCAAAAAAUAUUUCUCAAUAAAAAUUCUAUCUUUAGCUUCUUUCAAGAUCAUAUAUGAAUCUUUCAUGAACAAGUAAAAAAAUCUCUGUUUCUUCAUAUAUAUAUUUUUUUUUGUUGAUUUUACUAGAAAAUAUUUCUUGGUUUUUCUCAAAAUUAGUACUGGAGUGAAAAAACAUUUCUUCAUAAAAAUUCAAUCUUUAGAUUCUUUCAAGAUCAUAUAUGAAUCUUUCAUGAACAAGUAAAAAAAAAUCUCUGUUUUUUCAUUUUUUUUUUUUGUUGAUUUUACUAGAAAAUAUUUCUCAAAAUGGGUAAUGGAGUUAGAAAAUUGAAUCUUUGUUUUGCUGGUGAUGUUGGAGAAAUAUCAAAAAGACAUAAUUAUGAUAUUGCUAUGAACAAUAUAAAUGAUCCACUUGAUGAAGGUUUGGGUCAUUCUUUCUGUUAUAUCCGACCCGACCCGAAAGCCCACCCGUUUUCAGAUGAUAAUUCAUCAUCAUCUUUAUCAACUACCACAACUAUUUCAAGUACAAGUACAACAGCUUUUCGUACAAUAUCAGGUGCAUCUAUAUCAGCUAAUACCUUUACUACCCCUUUGUCAACGUCAAUCGUUGACUUUUCGGGUUGUUAUAAUAAUGAUAAAGCAUCAGCUUUUGAGAGUUCUCAGUUUUUUAGUUCUAUCCCACUUCAGCCAAUCCCAAGGGGAUCAUGUGGUGGGGGGUCCAUACAUUCAGGCCCGAUCCCGGCCCGUGUAUCAAACACGGGCCUUGGUUUGGGCCCUAUGGAGAGGGGAUUCAUGUCGGGCCCUAUUGAAAGGAGCUUCACUUCGGGCCCGUUGGAGAAUCAGUUACAUGAUCAUCAUAUACAAAGGUAUAAGCCAAAAUACAAGAAAUGGGGUUUGAUGAGAAGUUUAAAGAAAGUGUUGUCAAGUUCUUUUAAGGGGCUUAAAGAAGUGAAGUUGGCUGAGAAAAGUAAUAAUAAUGAAGUUGUUAAUGUUAUAAGGAGUAAUAGUAAUGUUGAAAAUAUUUUGAGUAGUCAAAAUAGUUUGGUUGAUGAUGAUGAGGGAAGUGAAUCAUUUAGAGGCCAAAAUGUGCAAUGGGCACAAGGAAAAGCAGGGGAAGAUAGAGUACAUGUAGUGAUUUCUGAGGAACAUGGAUGGGUUUUUGUUGGUAUUUAUGAUGGGUUUAAUGGUCCUGAUGCUACUGAUUUUUUAUUGAACAAUCUUUAUUCAAAUGUCUAUAAAGAACUCAAAGGAUUGUUAUGGAAUGAUAAGUCAGAAGCCCCCAAGAAUUCGACGAGCAACGAGAGUACUCUUCCAUUGAGAAACUCGGGUUUUAAGGUGGAACAUUUUGUUCAAAAUAAUCAAGAAUCUGAUGGGAUUUUUGGUGUUGACCAUUCUGAUGUUUUGAAGGCUUUAUCUGAAGGGUUAAGGAAAACCGAGGCGUCGUAUUUGGACAUUGCUGAUAUGAUGGUGAAGGAGAAUCCUGAAUUGGCCUUAAUGGGAUCUUGUGUUUUAGUAAUGUUGCUUAAGGAUCAAGAUGUAUAUUUGUUGAAUGUUGGAGAUAGUAGAGCUGUUUUAGCCCAAAAUCCUGAAUCUGAUCAUUCAAUAAACAAGUUUAGAAGGAUAAAUGAGCAGAGUGUUAAUAGCAUUGAUGCACUCUAUAGAGCUGAAUCGGAUCGCAAACAUAAUCUAGUACCUUCUCAACUUACCAUGGAUCAUAGCACAUCUAUCAAAGAGGAAGUUGUUAGGAUUAGAAGUGAGCAUCCGGAUGAUGCUUCCGCGAUUAAAAAAGAUAGAGUGAAAGGUUCCUUGAAGGUUACUCGAGCUUUCGGGGCAGGAUAUCUCAAACAGCCCAAAUGGAAUAAUGCACUUCUAGAGAUGUUCAGAAUUGACUACAUUGGAAAUUCACCUUACAUCAACUGUUUACCGUCACUUUACCACCACACACUCGGCUCAAGAGACAAAUUUUUGAUCUUAUCGUCCGAUGGGCUUUACCAAUACUUCACGAAUGAAGAAGCAGUCUCAGAAGUUGAGACCUUUAUGUCUAUAUUCCCCGAGGGAGAUCCUGCUCAACAUCUCGUCGAAGAAGUGUUGUUCAGAGCUGCUAAGAAAGCUGGCUUGAAUUUUCAUGAGCUGCUCGAUAUACCUCAAGGAGAUCGUAGGAAGUACCAUGAUGAUGUUUCAAUUAUCAUUUUAUCCUUCGAAGGAAGGAUAUGGAAAUCAUCGAUGUAAAUCAAACUAGACUGAGGAAUUUUGAAUGUUUACCCUCUGACAAAAAGAAAAGUACAUAGAAAAAAUCGAGCUAAUUUUGAUGUUAACACCUUGUUUAGCCGAUUUUAGAAGUAGUGUUUAUAGUAUACAGUUUAGGCUGCUCGAUAAAAAAUAGUGUGAGGCUGAGGUUUCUUGCUCCCGAGAUUAUACCUUGCCUCUUUUUACAUUCAAAUGUUAUUAGGAUACAUGGUGAGUUUUGUAACAGAUGGUUCUCCUUGUAUACAUUUUGGAGUUCCAUCUCACAAACUUUACCUCAAUAGAUACGACCCGUUGGUCACAAUUCCUUUAUUUUAUUUCAUACUUAUUAUUUAGUUUCAA